AUGAAGAAUCUGCAUGAGCUUGUACCUAAUUUCAAUAAGACCGACAAGGCCUCUAUGCUCGAUGAAAUCAUAGAGUAUGUCAAGUUCCUUCAGCUCCAAGUGAAGGUACUAAGCAUGAGCAGGCUGGGGGCAGCAGGUGCAGUUGUUCCUCUCAUCAUUGAUAGCCAAGCUGAGGGAUCUAAUGGUUUAUCGCCAUCUCCCGAACAAGUCGUUUUCGAGCAAGAAGUGGUGAAACUCAUGGAAUCCAACGUGGCAACGGCCAUGCAAUAUCUGAAAAGUGAAGGUCUCUGCCUUAUGCCGGUCGCUCUGGCCGCUGCCAUAUGAAACGGGAAGAACCCG